CGAGGCCUUCCAGCUUCCAGUGGGCAAUUUUCUGGCCUUCAUCGACGAAGAAAAGAAGCAUCGUGACGAAGCUGUAGCCGCUUGCAUCCAUGCAGCCAAACAGGCAUGAGCGGAACAGCGACGAUAGCAGGCCGAGGCCGCAGCAGCAAUCAACCAACUCCGGUUGAAAGCCUGUUCGGCACUGCAGCAGCAAGAGGUGGGAGAUGCGCAACACUCCUGAAAUGGCACUUCACAACGACGGCGAGCAACAGCAAUCUGACGGAAGACAACCAGACCAAGGAGGAGAUCCCCGAGAUGAUUGCACAGCUCAUCGCCACAUGCAAUGGGAAGCAGCAAGAGCUGCAGCACUUGGCGCGGGUGAUCGACAACGGUAGCGACCAGCAAGAUGGUACCAACCGCAGCUUUCACACACGCAUCGAAGACUGGGAGGACAGGGACACCGUCACACCUGGCAGCCGACCUAGUAUGACCCAGCCGUCAACACGACAGCUGGAGCAGCGGAUUGACCAUGUGGUCGCCACAAUCGGCAACCUCCAUACAUUUGCGGAACCAGCAACGAUCAGCCAGCAUCUCAGAGUGCUGAAGGCUGACGUCCGUAUGCUGCAGCAGCAACCUGCAGGCAGCAACACCCGCGCCCUACCAGCUCCGUUGACGGAAGACGGAGUAGCGGUUGUUGACCUUCGCCAGUACCUUGCGAAGAUUGACGCCACGCAACGGUACGACGACAUCGACGUGUUGUUACUUUACAUCCGCAUUCAGAUCAGGAGGGCGACCUGCAGCGCCUUAUCGACUGUGGAGCUACUCGCAACUACAUCAGCCAAGACUUCAUGGUGCGCAUCGUCCUCAGGCCGCACGUUCGAAGGAAGUCGCAGCCCACGAAGUCAGAGUCGGACCUUGGACGAGCACCUCAAGCACCUACGCACCGUUUUGGAGAGGCUACAUAUGGCCAACUCCAAGGCCAACCGAGCCAAGUGUGAGGCCAACAUCAAUAUGCACAACUUUCCCUCGUUCAGCAAGAAGGCCCUAGACCUAGAGGCAAAGAUAGGGCAUGGACAUACACCGACGACGAAUGGUAGGAAGAAGGCACUGCCUCCCAACUGGAAGGUGAAAGGUCGCUUAAUGUUCGUUGACAACGAUGGUUCUACCAUCGAGUUAGAAGACGACUUCCAAGCGGGAGCGGGUUCAGAGGCGAGCAGCGUAGAAGUUUCAAGGGGGUGGAACAGUCGCUGCCUCUGUCCAGAAAGGUACGGACUGUACGAGUUUGUGGUGAUGCCUUUCGGCCUUUGCAAUGUUCCUGGCACCUUUCAGCACGCAAUGAAUCGGAUCUUUCAUGACUACUUAGAUAAGUUUGUCAUCGUGUACCUUGAUGACAUCCUUAUCUUCAGUAGGACUGUCGAGGAGCACGUCGGUCACUUAGACAAAGUCCUUAGUCUCCUUAGGCAGCACAAGUUCAAGAUCAACGGCGAGAAGUGCGAGUUUGGCCGCGCCCGUAUCCUGUACUUGGGUCAUGAGAUUUCCGCAGAGGGAUUGAAGCCCGAUGAUGCGAAGGUGGCCAGCAUUCGUGACUGGCCGCGUCCUCAGUCUGUGACUGAGAUGAGGUCCUUCUUAGGGAUGACCGGCUACUAUCGCAAUUUUGUGAAGAAAUAUAGCAUAAUUGUCGCCCCUUUGACGGACCUGACACGCCUUGACACCCCCUGGGAGUGGACAGACAAGUGUGAGGCUGCUUUCAGACAUCUGAAGCAUGCCCUCACUCACCAUGAGGUCUUGAAGCUACCCGAUCCUAACAAGCCAUUUGUUGUGACCAUGGAUGCCAGCCAAUUUGGCAUUGGUGUCGUACUUGCGCAGCAGGAGGGGAAGAAGUUGAGGCCAGAAGACUGCAGCAAACUUGUUGCAGCGGUUCUGGUGGCCCACAAUGAUGAAGGAUGCAAAGCUGUACGUGGAGACAAGCCACGCACCCAGGCCCCUCUUGGGCUUCUUAAGCCCCUUCCGAUUAUGGAAAGGCCCGGUGAGAGCCUGCCCAUGGACUUCAUGGACACGCUGGUCACCAGCAAGAGCGGAAUGAGACACAUCUUUGUUAUUGUGGACAGGUUUAGUAAGUACGCUAGGUUAGUUGCAAUGCCAAAAACAGUGAAAACCGAGUACGUAAUCAGACUGUUUAAGGAAAACUGGGUCCGGGACUUUGGAUUGCCAAAGUCUAUUAUCAGCGACCGGGAUGUCAGAUUCACGAGCGAGUUGUGGAAGGCUGCAGCUGCAGAACAGGGCACCCAGUUACAAAUGACUUCCGGGAACCAUCCAGAAGCAAACGGGCAAGCAGAGCAGCUGAAUCGCACUGUUCAACACCUGCUGAGGCAUUAUAUGAAGCCUAAUCAGUUGGACUGGGAUGAGAAACUUGCUCUCAUCACCAGUCUCUAUAGCAACACCGUGCACAGCGCAACAGGGGUGAGCCCCAACAGUCUGCUACUGACUUUUAAACCUAGAUUUCCACUAGAUUUCCUCUUACCUGAGAAUCAGCCUUCUGCUGCACCAGGCACCUUAGAAUUUGCGUAUCGAUAUCAGCACAUGAUGCAGCAAGCUGUAGAACAGAUGCACAAGGCACAGGCGGCGAUGAUAGAGUCUGAGAACAAACACCGCCGCCCAUUUACAUUUCAGGUAGGGGACAGGGUCUGGGUCAAGUCCUCAGAACUGGGACAGGAGCACGGGAUCUCCCGCAAGCUCAUGCCACAGUACUUUGGACCAUGGGAGGUUCUCGAUAUUGUCGAGGGCGAUCCGGAUGGGCCGUUAUAUGUAAUUCGGAUUCCUGGUCACCUUCGCACUUACCCUGUCUUUCACCCCCCCAAACUUGCACCUUUCAAGGAAACUGACCAGUUUCCCUCUCGUCGCUCAAUGCUGCCCCCAACCAUGGAUGGAGAGGUCGACAUCGAUGACAUCGUGGACCACACGGAAAUGCCAGUUCCAAGACCAACAGGCAGGUGACGUCCUCCUAAGCCGAAGCUGCAGUAUCGUGUUCGGUUCAGACAUCACGCUAAUCCUAAGGAGGACAGAUGGUUUACCAGGGAGGAACUAAUGCAGGCCGCUC